UAAACCGCUUAGGAAUACAUUUCCUUAUUGCGUUGCCGUCAACAUGAAGUGGUCGAUCAUCAUAACUCUUUACCGACUGAUCGAAGUGUCUAAUGCAAUCGACCACGAACAUCGACAAAAUUUGGAGGUCAUCUACGAAUGGGCCCAAAUAGAAUUCGCUUAUCCUAGCGAAGAAGCGAGGCAAAAUGAUAUCGAUUCCGGAAACUUCGCUGAAGGUUUCGUUCAACCUUUCGACGUACAAAUAUACCAUAAAGAAAAACAAAGGGAAGUAAUAUUUGUAACGACUGCGCGAUACAGGGAUGGCAUUCCUGCCACGCUCAGCAUCGUAACCGACGAGAGGAGGAAAGGUAACCAUAUCCUCAAACCGUAUCCUUCUUGGGAGUGGCAUACCGAUCCAAGAAAAUGCAAAAAGCACAGGAUCGUAUCAGUUUACCGGGCAUUUCUAGAUAAUUGCGACAGAAUGUGGAUUAUAGAUACUGGCAAUAUCGAACCCGAAAUAGUUUGUCCCCCGCAGAUUCUACUCUUCGACUUGAAAACUGAUAAAUUAAUACACUCCUACGAAAUUCCGGAAGAACAACACCAAAAUCGAUCACUUUACGUAACAGCGAAAGUUGAGGUUGAAGACCCACUAGACGGGGGUAAGAAUUCAUUCCUAUACGGCGCAGACUCCGACGGAUAUUCCCUAAUCGUCUACGACUACAAGAAUGACAGAUCGUGGAGAGUAGAUCACGAAUCGUUUUUACCCCAGAAAGAUUACAUCUUAUAUGAAAUCGCCGAACGUGAGUUUAAUGUUUCCGAUGGAAUAUUGGGUAUGGCGCUGGGAGUACCGGGAGAAAACAGAAAACUUUUCUACCACGCGAUGUCUUCGGAAACGGAAAGCUGGGUUUACACGAAACACUUGAAAGAUGAACGUUUGUUCGCCGCGCCUGCGUCGAAUAUUAGCCAUUUGUUUCACACGUUUCCUCAAGGAAGAAAGACCCAAAGCGCAGCCGAAGCGAUCGAUAAAAAUGGUAUCAUGUACUUUGGUCUACUGAAAGACGUGCAGAUUGUCGCUUGGGAUACGGCAUCGAAAAACUACGGACGGGAGUACUUUAGGGUCGUCCAGGAAGAUACGGAACGGCUUCAGUUUCCUAGCGGAGUUAAGGUUACCAAAAAUAAUCACGGCGAUGAAUUUUUGUGGGUAUUCGCCACCGCCUACCAGAAGGUGGCUUCCACCAAUCUUUACACGAACGAAACCAACUUCAGAAUCCUUUGCGGGAAAAUUUCAGACUUUGUAUACAAUUUUUGCGCGGGUACAAUGAGAUUAACGACAUUUUUGCUUGCGAUUUGUGCCAGUUGCGUAGCAGUACAUCAACGCCCAGCCCUCAAGAAUUUAAAAUUGCUUUACGAAUGGAGUCAGUUGGAGUUCGAUUAUCAAAGCGAUGCUGCGAGAGAGGCCGACAUUAAGUCCGGAAAUUUUGUAAAGGGCCAGGUGCAACCCUUUGAUGUUCAAGGCUACUUUGGUGCUGGAAAAAAUGUUAUCUUUGUAACCAGCGCUAGAUAUAGGGAAGGAAUACCGGCUACUCUAGGAACAGUCACCAAUAAAACUCGAAAGGGGAAUCCGAUUAUAAAACCGUAUCCAUCGUGGGAAUGGCAGACCGAACCACGUCUCUGCAAAAAAAAUAGAAUCGUAUCAGUCUACAGAAUAUUCAUUGAUGAAUGCGACAGACUGUGGGUAAUUGACAAUGGAAAAAUUGGAGAGGAACAAGCCUGUCCACCAUUAAUUCUUGCAUUUGACAUGAAGACGGAUAAGCUGUUGCACAGCUACGAAAUUCCCGCACAGCAACACCAAAACGUAUCCCUUUAUGUAACGCCUAUUGUCGAAGUAGAAAGUAUCACGAAUUCCUGUCAAAAAACAUUCGUCUACCUCGCUGAUUCUGAUGCGGGUUCCUUGGUUGUCUACGACUACGAAAAUAAUAAGUCCUGGAGUAUCAGGCACGAAACAUUCCGACCAGAUCCCGUCUUUAAUAAAUAUAGGGUUGCCGGUACCACUUUCGAAGUAGCAGACGCAAUCUUAGGUAUGACUAUUAGUCCUCCAGGAAUGGACAGGUUAUUAUAUUACCAUCCGAUGUCAUCAGAAAAGGAACACUGGGUUUAUACAAAGUACCUUAAAAACGAAUCGUUGUUUCUUAAACCAUCGCCCGAAACAAUGAAGCUGUUCCAGACAUUUCCAAAUGGCAGGGGAACGCAAGCUGUUGCGGAAGCGAUGGACAGCAAAGGCGUGAUGUAUUUUGGUUUACUCGAGGACGUCCAGGUUGUUUCUUGGAAUAGUAAGACGAAAAAUUACUCCAGAGAAAAUUUUCGUGUAGUGGACGACGAUCCAAAAACUUUGCAGUAUCCCAGCGGGGUUAAGGUUACUCUGGACGAAAAUAGUCAUGAAUGGUUGUGGUUAUUGACGACUGCCUAUCAGAAGCUCGCUAGCGGCCAGUUGAAUUCCAACGAGACCAACUUCAGAAUACUCACCGGGAAGAUUGCAGAAUUUAAAUAUAAAUAGUAACGCCACCCGACAAGACUUGCAAGUUAAAACGUGUUGAGUGUUUAUUUAAUUGUGAAUUAUGAAAUCUGGUUCUAAUAAUUUUAGUUGAUUGAUACUAUAGCAAUGCUGUAAACAACUAACAAGAUAAAAUUACAAAUGAAAUAAAAUACUGAGCAGCGCAUUUAAUAUUACAUAA